AUGGAGAACAGAUUCCGGACGAGUGGCGGGUUUAGUUUGUUGUUGGCAAGAGAAUCUCCCAUUAGCAGCUGCUCCCAAAUCUCCAAUGCUAAGCUGAUCUUGGCUCUCGUCGCCAAUAAUGUUUCCCUUGCCGUCAACAAGCGGGGUUAUUCUGCGGCGACUCAAGGGGUAGCGUCGAGCGUAGCCAAAGGAGCAAGGAGUGGUGUGAUGGUGAAGAAACAAGGAGAACAGACGGGGAAGACGAAUUCUUCAUGGGUCCCAGAUCCCGUCACUGGCUACUAUAGGCCGGAGAAUCUUGACGACGAGAUUGAUGUCGCCGGCCUCAGAAACAUGCUCCUAAAGAACAAGCAUUGA